CGGGGAGGAUCUGGAGAAUAGGGCCUGGAGCGGUCCCCUGCUUGUCGUAAAAGGCGACUAAUUGGGGAAUAAAAAGGGAGAGGCUCGUACUUCAGGCGCCUCUCCUGUAAAACUAUGAGACCUACUACCCUAUCUCAGUCGGGUCAUGUUUUCGCUGAGUAACGGGCGUAACUCACAGUAAGAACUGAAGUAGAGGUUGGCAUAUGUCACCUCGACUCUGGGUGGUAGGCUAGGGAGGAGUCCCUAAAAACCAUCUACAUGCCCAAUCCCAAGGUUAUGGCAGAACUGUGCUGAAGGGAUGCAUGGUGCCAGGCUUGAGGCAUCACGAGCAGUAGAUGCCCUGGGAUACCUGCCGUCCUCCCUUGUAUGUAGGCUUGUCAGCGCAAGAGGCUCUGCGUUGAUCGACGUAUAGGACCUCAAUACUCGUGGGAAUAGUAUGGGAGACAACAAACAAAACAACAAACAAACUGAAUUUUCGGACACGAAUAUGGCUGGUACAAGGACUGAGAGAAAAGAUGAGGGUGAUGGAGUGGUUUCGGAGGGGGAGAGGAGGAGGAUGGAGGCGGAAAAGGAGUUCUUAGAAAGACAAUACAAGGAGAGAAAACUAAGCAGAACUGUCAGGGGAGACGCGGACUCGGCAGCCAGUAGUCAGAUGGAAUCAGAGUCAGAAACAGACACCAGGUGGAGCCCAAAUGAUGGGGGGAAUAAAGCGAAAAGUAGGAAAGUUGAGGAAACAGAAUAUGAAGACCCUGAAGGAAGUGAUGAUGACGAUGAACUGCAUCUUGGGCUGGACCCCCUGGAAAACCUUGGAAAGACAUUAAGGAAGAUGCGAAAUUGGUUUAAGCUGCCACAGAUUGUAAAGAUGGUAAAGAAAAGCUAUGCCAGCAAGUUUGAGGAGUACAUGGAUGAAGUCCAGGAGCAGAUAGUAUUGGCGAGGGAAGAAAGAGCAGUCUUAGGGGCUAGGGUGGAGGAAGAAGGUGGUAGGAUGGUGCAGAUCCUAAGGACAGCAGUCAGGGAAGAAUUGAGAGUGGGGCAAGAAGGGAACGAAGCAAGGAAUCAGGCUACCUUUGCUCAGGCCCUUGGAAGAAAGGAAGUGCCUAAGAUCACGGGGGUGAAGGGCCCAGUGCUGCCAGUACCAAAGUUGGUCGUAGUAAAGCAGGAAAAUAAGGAAAGCGAGGAGAUAAAAAGGAAGUUGAAGGAGCUUGUGAAGCCUUCAGAAAUAGGGCUUAAGGUUAGAAGACUGAGAAUGAUCCGAAACGGAGUCAUAAUAGAGUCAGAAUCUGAGGAAGGGGUGGAAAACCUCCUGAAAAGUGAUGCGCUGAAAAGUGCGGGUAUGACAGUAGAAAAGCCGACAAAGAAGAAUCCCAUGGUAAUGGUCUACGAUAUUAAUCCGGCAUUAAGUAAUGAGGCAGUUAAGGCAGAGAUCUAUAAACGGAAUAUGCAUAGAAGUGAGAUUGAGGAAGAGGACUUCAACACAGAAUUCACGGUGAAGCACAAAUACCAGGAAAAAACCGAAAGGAGAAACGAAGUUAAGAGGAACCAUAUGGUAGCCGAAUAUUCAGUGAGGGUGAGGAACUGGCUGAGGAGGAAGGGUAGGGUAUACAUUGAGUGGGAAAGCUGCAGGAUUAAAGAUUAUGUGGAUUUAGCACGGUGCUACAAGUGUCAAAGGUUUGUACAUGUGGCAAAGUUUUGCACAAAUGACAAGCCAAGUUGUUCGCACUGCGCGAAGGAGCAUGUCUUCAAAGACUGUAAGAAUACAAAAAAGGAGGAGGCCAGGUGUGCAAAUUGUAGCAGAGAAGACAGGCUAGACGCGAGACACCCUGCAAGCUGGAGAGGAUGCCCAGCGUAUGAGAAAGCAGUAAAGAGGUACAAUGAACAGAUCGACUAUGGAAUAUAA